CAACGUGCCACGUACUGGGGUGUGCAUUGCAUCAAUCAAAUAAGCUCAAAGCACAAGAUACGUCGGACAGAGCGAUGGAAGCCGAGACGGAGAGAUAUUCGCCACAGGCAUAUAUACCAACACGUCACAAGCCUCGCCUAACGAAAUGGAUAGUCUUGUUCCUUUAAAAGUGGAGCUGCUAGAGCCCACACCAAAUCGGGGGUUGAACCUUCUUGAUGUGUAUCGAUGCUCGACGGCUCGCAUUCAGGCGGCACGACCAGAUUUGCACAGCGAGGAUGUUACGGGGCUCAAAUUUAAAUUGUUUGAACACCAACGACGAGGGUUAAGCUGGAUGAACAAGCGGGAACGUGAUGUGCUAUGGGAUACUCUUUUGCUACACCCGUUCAGUGUCCCUGAUAUAGACUGCGAGAGCGAUCGGAUGAAGCGUGUUGUUGUCGAUGAGGGUCAUACGCUCGGCAGCGGGACAACCACACAACUUAUGGAAAUGACACGGCUAUUAUGUGCCGAACGACGCUGGGUUAUGGCUGGGACGCCAUCACCAAAUACUUUUCGGUCGGCUGAUCUCCAAUAUCUUCAUGGAAUUUUGACUUUCUUACGCGUCCAACCGUAUGGGCAACCAGUUGUUCGAGCUUGGGCGAAGGCAAUUGUUCGGCCUUUUCAAAAGGAAGAAGUUGCUGCGUUUAUCGGCUUCUACACCUGCUCACCCGUGUUAUGAUAAGGCACACGAAAGAGUCACUGUAGCUUCCACGUGUAAUUCGCCGUUUUGUUGAAGUUUACCCGACUCCAAGCGAAUCCAAGCUCUACAACGCAAUCGCAGAAUAUGUACGGGCACGUAUGGUAGUAUCAACCAUAGAUCUCCCAAGAAGUGCUACCAAUCCAGGUACGCCGCCCGAUAUACAUCCAGAUAGCCUCUUGCACCCUCAGAAUCACCGAGGUGUCAAACAAGUGAAAAGAGAUCUUUCUAUGGCUUGCAUGGGUGGGUAUGCGGUUGAGUAGACUUUGGAUGAGAAACAGGUGAAGGCAACUAUCGACAAACUGUGUGAUAACCUUGCUGGCAACAGCGCGAAAGAACGACGGGUACACGACGUCACACAGUACUUAGCCGAUAUCUGUCUGAAGAAGACGAAUCAAUGCAAACGGUGUCUGACCAAUCGACGCUUCCUGAUGAUUCUGCCCUGUGGACACCUAUAUUGUGCGCUAUGUGUUGAAGAAAUUAAGAUGAAGUAGGAUAAACCGCAAUGCGAGUCAUGCAAUGAGUCGUUCAACAAGGACAAAUGUGACUAUCUGCAGCCCUCACUCACUGGUGAAAUAACUACUCGUGGUCGAGAGAAAACGCUUACACAGCUUCGCGCAUCUGGGGUUUUCGAGUCUAGAAUCAAAAAGGUAACUGCGUACAUGGAGUCUUGCAGACCUCAGCCUUCCACAAAGUGCAGGGGAUGCCAGCGACAGUUCCACUUGCUUCUUGUGAAUCCGUGUGGCCAUCUGAGCUGCUCUGGCUGUACGGAAAAGCGUUACCAAGAGGCAGGAGCAGCGAGCUGUUGUUUGUGUCAUGCACCGUAUUCUCGAGAGGGGUUUAAGCAUCUACAACCAGGGAUUCACGCUG